AUCUUCACAGAAUUUGCUGAUUACUAUAGCCAACUCUACAAGGACGAUUCAGAAACUAGGUUCCCAACUACCACGGGUAUACGGGAUUACCUCUUUACCGACACUAACAGCCACUCAGAACCAAACACUAGCCGCUCCCAUUACCGAGGACGAAAUACUAGACUGCAUUAA